AGUAAACACGGAGUAAGCGGAAUAGAGCAGGAAACGUUAUGUUAUGCUUAGUACAUAAACAGGCGCAUUCUUUCCGGCAAGAAGGCAGCUUACAGCUAGAUCUGUGGUACACGUUUUGAUUCCAAAAUGCCGACUUACAAGUUGACGUACUUCAAGCACUGGGGUCGUGGAGGGGUUUUGAGGCUACUGUUCGCCGCCGAUGGAAUUGAGUUCGAGGACGUGCGGAUAGAACGGGAACAGUGGCCGGAACUCAAGCCGAAGACUCCUAUGGGACAGAUCCCUAUACUAGAAGUGGACGGAACCAUGAUAUGUCAGAGGAGGGCUAUCGGGAGGCUGAUAGCUAAAGAGGCAGGGUUGGCCGGUAAGACUCCCCUGGAAGAGGCGCGGGCCGACAUGAUCGUGGACGGGUUGGCUGACCUGGAGGGCAAGAUAGUCGACUUCUUCAUUGAACAGGACGAAAAGAGGAAGCAAGAAAAAAUCAAGGAAUUUGCUGAGAAAACCCUGCCGACGUUUCUGGUUACCUACGAGAAACUGGCAAGCUCCGGUGGACACUUUGUCGGAAAUGCGCUGACCUGGGCAGAUGUGGACUUCUUCGCCAUGAUGUUUUUCCUGAAAGAUCACCUCCCGAGCGACCCUCUUCAGGGUUACGUCAACUUGAACAAGGUCAGGGACAACGUCUCAUCACAUCCGGGCAUCGCGGGGUGGCUGGAAAAGGAGGGGGCAUCGCAGUGAAUUCUGGGAUAGCCUGGAGCUAGCCCCUUUUCGUGCUUCAUUUGUAUAAUCUAUGAGGAAAUGCUAAAAUAGUCUUAUUUCUCAAGAUAAGACUGUCAUUGGGUGAAUAUGAUCAACUGAUAUAAUAAAUGCAAAUGAGAAAUUGUUAUUUGCAUAAGCACAGUAAAAAUGGCUCCCUCCCUCUAGAGGUGACAUCUCUGACAGACACACCAGACAGAGACACCUACUGUCCACCCUUAGAACAAGAACAAAACGUUUUCAGAACAGCCCGAUUGUUUAUAUGACCCACCUUUUAAACAAGCAGUAACAGUGUUGGCCAACAGUACGUAUGAUCAUGGAACACUUGAGACUUGUAUAUAUCCGAUUUGUAUAUAUAAUGUAGGUUUUAAAAUCACUUCCCUUAUUACUUUUAAUGUGGUCAAGUAUGUACUUUUAAGCGUAUUUUUAAAUAUGUCAUUGUUGUAAAACACGCAAUUCAGCCUGUGGCUGCCAUGUGUUUUGGACGAAUAAACCUUUAAUUCAUUCAUUCAUUCAUUCAUUCAAAAUGAAAAAUUAGUCAGUUUGAACGGUUUACAUGAUUUGUCAAAUGUAUGUGGUCGUGGCAGUCUUGUUUUGUAUGAAGCUUGAAAAUGAAACUUGAAAAUGUAGCUUGCAUAUAACCACCAAUAUCAUACCAUGUCCAUGUCAAGUGAUAAGAAUUCCACCAUUGUGUUGCGUGUUACUAGGGGCCAUGUUAGUAUUUUGCAUGAACAUUUUGCUUAUGAGCAGGAUUGU